AUGGUUUUUCAAAAUAAUAAAAAUUAUAUUUUAAAUGAUAGUGAAAGUUUAUUAGAAGAAAAUAAUAAUAUUAAUUUCAAAAAUAAAGAAAAAAAAUACACACAAGAUCAACAAGAAAAACAAAAUAAUUAUAUUGAUUUUAGACAAGAUAAAAUAAAAUGUAAACAUUAUUAUUAUGCAAGAUUAUUCUUUUUCAUUGGAUUAUUAUUAUAUUUCCCAUUAAUUUAUUCAAUAAUGUAUAUUCAAGAACCAAAUAAACAUAUUAGAAGAUACUCAAUUGCAGCUUUACUUCCAUUUAUAAUAUAUCCAUCAUUUUUAAUUUUAAUUACAUUUACUUCAAAUUAG